AUGUCAAAAAAUAUUUUUGGUUAGAUUAAUGCUGUGAAUUUUUAAAACAAAAUAUAUUGCUUAAAUACUAAUCACUUGCUCUGUGAUACUAAUUAGUUAUUACUACUUACCCUAAACAUAUACAUUUUAUGGUCCUCGAUUAUAUUGAUGUAUUUACACAAGAUUUUAAGCCUAUAUGGCCUAAAGAAUGACUGGGACUGGAUACAUAAAUUUCAUAUUUUAAAUUCAAAUUUAUACAAACUGCAUUAAUGAUGCUUAAAUCUCCUGUUAUAUUGUUUUUUAAGCAAUCUCUAUUUCAACUACAUAGCACAGUAGUUCCUUAUAGAAUAAAAGUUAAUACUCGGCAGUGUGAUCUAUUAAAAGUUUUACAAAGAAGUCUAUUAUCAUCUAAAACUACUGAUACGUUGAGUGAACAUACAAAAGCAGACUUUAUUUCUGAGAAAACAAAACUCAUAUCAAAGCUGAACUUUCAGUCAGAAAAACAUGCAGAACCAUUUUAUAAAUUACCGAUUAAUGCAUUGUCUACUAUUUAUAAAACCACUAAGAGAGAUGAAAAAAAUGGAUAUUGCCGAAAUAGACUGUACUAUAUCUCUUCACAAAUAAAGUGCCCCCCUGCAAUGUUGAGUGAACGCAUAGCAAAAAGAAAUUUUAUUUAUACCUUGUCAUUUGAAUGGAUACAAAGCUCAUUAAAAGUUCUGUUAGACAUGGGCGUUUCUCCUGACCGAAUUAUGAGAGAUUUAUGGGUUUUAAAAUAUCACCAUAAAACUAUAGCAGAAAGGUUACAGAAGAUAAAAGACAUGGGUAUAGAUCCAGUGUACCCAUGGAUGGUAAGGUGCUCAGAGGAAAUUCUAAAUAGGUAUGUCGAAAUAUAUCAAGAAACAAAAUCAAUUUUGGGAAAUGAUAAAUCAAUAAAAGUGUAUAUAGCUAAAAGAUUAAACACAAAUUUAGAUGUUGUUGAGGAAAUGUAUGUCAAAGCUCCUGCUUUAGAACGAAUUAGAGUUAGCAAGGUAAAGAAUUUUUUCGAUUUUCUCUUCAGUGAAGGAUUUACUACUGAAGAUAUUAUCAGUAAACCAAGAGUAUUAGCAGCUUCACAAAAAACUGUACAAGAAAGGUUAGAAAAGCUAAGAAAUUUGGGUCUUAGAGAAAUAAACUUGAAUAUUCUCUGCAGGAGUAGAAAAGGAUUCAAAAAAUAUUACGAAAGUUUACAAUCUGCAUCACGGGAAAAAUUAAACACUUCUCUUAGUUUAAAAUGAUUAAACAUAAAACAGGUGUAUCUCAAAUUAUUUUCUAUUUGUUUUACAUUUCAGUUAUUUAUGUUUUGAA